GCAACUUGUGUUUUCAUGACGUACCAAUCAUGGUCUGAAAAAUGGCGGCCUUGUGUAGUGAGUUUGGUGAUUUAGUUCAAAUAAAAAAACAACUCAUAUCUGUAAUAUCGCUUUGUAAAGAAAGAGGACUUGUACAUAGCGUGAAAUGGGCGUCAGAGUUGGCAUUUGCCCUGGACCCCCUGCCCAAGAAUGAACUACCACCACCCACAUUUUUUACCGAGGAGGAUGCUCAGGACCUGGAUGUUCUCGGCCUGGCCAAGUCCUACUUUGACCUGAAAGAGUAUGACCGAGCUGCCUACUUCCUUCGGGGCUGCUGCAGCCAGAAAGCAUACUUCCUGUACAUGUACUCCCGCUAUCUGUCUGGGGAAAAGAAAAAAGAUGAUGAGACAGUGGACAGCCUGGGGCCUCUGGAGAAAGGUCAGGUGCGGAACGAGGCUCUGCGGGAGCUGAGGGUGGAGCUGAGUAAGAAACACAGUGCUGGAGAGCUGGACGGAUUUGCUCUGUACCUGUAUGGGGUGGUGCUGCGGAAGCUGGAUCUGCUGAAGGAGGCGGUGGAUGUGUUUGUGGAGGCGACCCAUGCCUUACCUCUACACUGGGGAGCAUGGUUGGAGCUCUGUAAUCUCAUCACCAACAUUGAAAUGCUGAAGUCCCUGUCUCUGCCAGACUGUUGGAUCAGAGACUUCUUCAUGGCCCACAUGUACACAGAGCUGCAGAUGAUCAAAGAGGCGCUGCAGAAAUACCAGAGCCUGAUAGAGGCAGGCUUCUCCAAGAGCACGUAUAUCAUGUCACAGAUCGCUGUGGCCUACCACAACAUCAGAGAUAUUGACCAGGCUCUGGCUCUGUUCAAUGAGUUGCGAGAGCAGGAUCCCUUUCGCAUUGAGAACAUGGACACGUUCUCCAACCUGCUCUAUGUCAGGAGCAUGAAGCCAGAGCUCAGCUACCUGGCCCACAACCUGGUGGAGAUAGACAAGUACAGGGUAGAGACCUGCUGUGUCAUCGGGAACUACUACAGCCUGCGGUCGCAGCACGAAAAGGCAGCGCUGUACUUCCAGAGAGCUCUGAAGCUGAACCCUCGCUGCCUAGGGGCCUGGACUCUGAUGGGCCACGAGUACAUGGAGAUGAAGAACACCUCUGCUGCCAUCCAGGCCUACAGGCACGCUAUAGAAGUGAACAAGCGAGACUACCGUGCCUGGUAUGGCCUGGGACAGACUUAUGAGAUCCUCAAGAUGCCCUUCUACUGCCUGUACUACUAUCGAAAGGCCCACCAGCUCAGGCCCAAUGACUCUCGUAUGCUGGUUGCUCUGGGAGAGAGCUACGAGAAACUCUCACAGCACGUCGAGGCCAAGAAGUGUUACUGGAGGGCGUACUCUGUGGGGGACGUGGAGAGGAUGGCCCUACUGAAGCUGGCAAAACUUCACGAGCAGCUUAACGAAUCUGACGAUGCGGCCCAGUGUUAUAUCAUAUACAUCCAAGACAUCUUCUCUUGUGGGGAGCAGCUGGAGCAUGCGGAGGUGAGCACGGCCCUGCGUUACCUGGGCCAGUACUACUUCAAAAACAAGCUCUAUGACGAGGCGUCACUAUGUGCACAACGCUGCUGUGACUACAAUGACGCUCGUGAGGAAGGCAAGGCCCUGCUCCGACAGAUCUCCCAGGUUAGAGACCAGACGGAGUCCUCAACCACAGACCUGUUUGGACCGCUCUCCUCCAACAACACUCCCAUCAGGAGGGUGUCCCCCCUCGACUUGUCCUCCUUCACCCCCUGACAAGAUACCUUCUCUACCCCACUGGCUAGCAAAAAGCCCUGCUUCACUUUGACUCCAUAAUGGGACAACCUCACCUCUGCAUUGUCAUCGAAGAGAUUGUUUGUAAAUGACUACCCCUUUUGUCUCUAAAUGAAUGUAAAUAUAUGUGUAAGUUUACGUAGUGAGGUGCAGGAGUUGCCACUUGACUUUUGAAUAUGCGAUGAACUAACGAACGGUCUUAAGUGUCAGUGGAAACGGCAUGGAGAAUAAAUUCAUUUCUUCCCAAGAUUGAGGAACAAUCUACUUAUACUACUGCACCAGUCAACAACUUAUUUUGUUGGGGAUAUAAAGACGAGCUGUAUUAAGACAUUUAAAAUUGAUUGUGUAAUGUGCAAAAAGACCAGUAGUGUGCAUCAACUACACUGAUUCAGGUCGUAAAUGUGUUUAAUACUCAAACAAGAUAUUUGAAGUCCUCUACAACCUCUCGUCGGGGACCCCCAGCUGUUCCAUGUAUAUGAACUAUUCCAGAGUUGGCACACCUGAAUCAGGUGUGCUAGUUUAGGAUUACAACAAAAAUGUGAACUGUCUAGGGGUCCACGAGGAGAGUUGAAGCACUGCUCUACAGAAACACAUUCUAUAGCAAGACACCUUAGUGUGUGUGUAUAUACAGUAACAUUUGGAAUAAAAUAAAGUGACAAAUAUUUGAAA